AUGCAGCAUGUCCGCGAGAGCAUCGUAAACUUUGUGGGCAUCCUCACUGCUGGUGCAUCAGACAAUGAGAGGCAGCAGGCCGCUGCUAUGCCCAACGGCAACAUUGCGUGGGCUUCGCAGAUGUUGGUUGUUACCGAUAACAGCAUAGAAGUGGAUCGUAGUGGAAGAUAUGUGCAUAGAAGUGCGAUGUGCGAGUAG